CUUUGAAGCGAGUGAGCAGAGGCCAUCAGCAGCCAUGGCUGAAGGCAAUGAUAAUGUGGAAGCCCCUCCAGUGGACCAAGCAGAGCCCGCCGCGUCUACUGAGAGGGCCAGCUUGAAAGACGAAGGCGGAGUGCCUUGGCCGGUGAAGAAAAGAGGGUGCACUGAUUUCUUCUGCAUUUGGGUCUAUGUCGCCGGUUGGGCGGCGUUCGCCUUCGUGACCUUCUUAGGCUUGCAGGAUGGCAACCCGACCAAGUUGUACGCCUCUCGUGAUUAUUCUGGCAGCUACUGUGGGGUGAAUGACAACUGGCAGACUAACUAUCAGUUGGAUGGCUUCCCAUCCCUCGGCUACACCAUGAACGUUACGGCAACGACUGACCUCAUCGUGAAGGAACUGAUUUGUUCUAACACUGCACGGGAUGCCUUCACUGUCGGUUACGGUGGCGUGGGGCCACUUCUGACUACGGCUGAAGAGCAACAGGCCUAUUUGUGCACCUGCUGCUUGACCCCCUGCAGUCGCUGUUCGGGGAGUCAUAAGAUCGAGCAUUUGGAUGCGAACAACCUGGAGUCGAUGAUUGGGGGAAAGAUGUCGGAGUUCACUGGGAGCUCCAGCGCUCUCUUCGACCCCAGUGGCAUGAAUGGAGAUUACUUCACCCAGAUUUGGAGUGAGGCGACCAAGUAUUUCAAUUUGGUUUGCCUGCCGAGUUGCGAUGUGAACUUUGAGUCCCUCUCGGAUGGCGCGCGAUCAUGGACCUAUGAAAUGGCACCAGACGAUCCCUUCAGUACAUAUUGGAACCUGCUGAACACCUCUGGGCCUGCAGUGAUCAAGGAGACGAUCAGCUCUUCGUUCACGUUUCAAGCACUGCCCCAGUCCACCUGCCCUUAUCCGGCAUCGAAAUGCGUGCCGAUGCCGGGAGCAGAGUUCACGGAGCUGGUGCCGGGUUACUGCAGUUUGGGCGUCACCGGCGCCGUGUCCACCCAGCUGGGCAGUGUGAUGUCCGAUGCCCUGGGCAGCAUGAGUAGCGAGGCCUUUCAGAGCGAGCUGGCGGAGUUCCAGAACUUCGGCACCUUGUUCGGCGACGCCAUCAAGACGGCCGACACCUUCGCCUUGGUGGCGGUUUGUUGCAUCCUGAUCGCCUUUGUCUACAUGGUCCUGUUGCGCUUUCUGGUUGGAACCUGUGUGUGGACGGCACUCUUUUCAGUGCUCUUGAUCUUCCUUUUGGGCGGUGGGCUGCUCUUCGCCCGUUCCAGCCAAUGUCAAGGGUCCGAGCUCUUCCAAACUGGCUACCAGAUUGCUAUUAACAGCGCCACGUACCUUCAGAGCAGCGCAACCAAUGCCGUUGGGACGGCGAUGGACGCAGACUACGAGGUGAUGAGCGAAGAGCUGGAUCCGGCGGAUGGCAGCAACUACACAGGCGCGCAGACGCGCACGGUGGACGGAUACUCGUGCAUCCCGUGGGGAACGAAUGGCACAAUGGCAGAAGCCUACACGCAGGAAGCCUACCCCACCACCGACUUGAAGGACAACUUCUGCCGCAAUCCUUACAACGCGGAGACGGCAACAGAUGAUACGAAGGCGAGCACCAUUUGGUGCUUCACCUCCGAUAGUGAGGUCCUUUGGCAGGAGUGUCAGCCCAUCGGUGUGCUUCGCCCAGUCUGCCAGAAUGGCUAUGCCGUCACCGACGAGUCCAUCCGCACCGUCUUGGAGUACUGCGCGUAUGUAGUGUGGAUCAUUGCCGUUCUGUACUUGCUUUUGAUCCUUUGCUUCUGCAGCCGAAUUCGAGAAGCCAUCGCAAUUAACAAGGUGGCAGCGAUCUUUGUGGCCAGCAACCCGGUGGUGAUCGUCGUGCCACUGGUUCAGGCGGUGGUCGCAGCUCUUUGGAUAGGCCUGUGGGUCUUCUUCGCCUCCUUCCUCCUCUCGCAAGUGCCCGAAAACUACACGCCCACCGGCACCUAUGAAACCUAUGCAGAGGCGCAUGGAACAGUAGACACCCCGGGGCAAUGUACUGGCCAGUGGCCCAUGGGCUUCGCCUACAAGGACGAUGACAAUUGCGAUUUGGUGAAUGGUACCUACCACUGCUGGAGGUGUGCGCAACCGCGCUACGCCUUUGACGUGCGCUUUGCAGUCUCCUUCUUCAUGCUGUUGUGGAACAAUGCCUUUAACAUCGCUUGUGGGCAGUUCAUCGUGGCUGGCGCUGCAGCCGCCUGGUUCUUCACUCCAAACUCGGAGAAGGGGAAGAAAGGAGUUGUGCGACAGUCCUUGUUCUGGGCCUUCAGGUACCAUUUUGGUUCCUUGGCCUUUGGCUCCUUCAUCAUUGCGGUGGUGGAAUUCAUCAGGUAUACUUUGCUCUAUUUGCAGAAGCAAGCAGAGGCACAGAAGAACCGGGUGAUGGUGUGCAUUUUGAGAAUCACCCGCUGCUGCCUGUGGUGCUUGGAGAAGUUCAUCAAGUUCAUCAACAAGAACGCCUACAUUCAGAUCGCCCUCACCGGAGCGAACUUCUGCACUGCGGCCAAGAAGGCCUUCUUCCUGAUCCUCAACAACGCCUUGCGCUUCGGGGCCGUCGCCUUGUUGGGCUCUGUGAUCAACCUGGUGGGGUACUUCUUCAUCAUUGCUGCCACUGUCGGGAUCGGCUACUUGCAACUGAUCAACAUGCACCCCACAGCCGCGCCCAUCUUUCCGAUGGUGUCAUAUGGGAUUUGCGGCUAUGUGGUCUCCCAUUUGUGCAUGAAUGUGUUCGGCUUGGCUGUCGACACCUUCCAACAGUGCUUCCUCCUGUGCGAAGAAGAGAAGGACAAGAUUGAAGGCCAGCAUGAUUUCGUCCCCACGCAGAUGCUGAAGAUCCUUCAGCUGAAGCCUUUGGAACAGCAAGGUUCCAAAGAUAUGGACAAGGAAUAGCUGCGUGGCCAAGGUGAUCAAUGGCGAGGGAUUCUGACGGCGAAGGAUGAAGACUACUUUGACUAUCUUUGAC